CCAAAGAAAGGUGCGAGGGUUUUGGGAUGUUUGGGAGAAUGGAAUACCUCAACGGCUCAACCAACAUCAGGUUAAUGUUAUUCGCGACUGCCGCCUAGGCGCCUCCUCAUACGGAAUCAGCGAUGUCACUGCACUUUUUAAUUUCCACGAAUUGGACAUGGUCUUGACUCUUAACCCACCCGCCCGAUAACCAAGGUCGCCAUGCUUAAAUACCCGCACAUAGGGUAGAGAGGUGCGAAUGAUGGCUCAACCAUCCGACCAUCGAGGACUUGUGUCUUCUUGUCCCCAAUUCACAUCGGCUUUUGGGUGUCACCAGCUCACUCAUUUACGAUCUGCGCUGCUCAGUUCGUUGCCAACUGACUGAACACCAACUGGGCUCAGUGCUUCUAUCUUGACAUGAUGCAAUUGACGGCAACCGUUAGGAGUAAAAUCCUGACCACUCUACUCUUUGCCGGUCUCUCGGUCGCCAAGUAUAUCGUCCCCGGCGGCAGGUGGCACGACACAGACGGCAACCUGGUCAAUGCCCAUGCAGGAUGUGUGACGGUCGACAAGGAGACGGGCAAGUUCUGGUUGUUUGGCGAGUACAAGGUUGAAGGUCAGACUGAAGGUGGAGGUGUUUCAGUCUACAGCUCGGAUGACCUCGCAACAUGGGAGAGCCACGGCCUUGCUCUGGCCCCUGUUGAGGGCCACCCCUAUAUCUCGCCCUCCCAUAUCAUCCAGCGGCCCAAGGUGGUUUACAGUAAUGUCAGCAACGAGUACCACAUGUGGUGGCACGCGGACAAUUCCACCUACGGCCUGCUGCUCCAAGGGUUUGCCCGGUCUCAGAAUAUCUCCGGUCCCUACACCUUCGUGAGCGCCACCGCCCCCCUGGGUAACUGGUCACAAGACUUUGGCAUCUUCACCGACUACAAAGACGGAAGAUCGUAUGCGCUUUAUUCCAACGGCGACCGCAAGGAGGGUCGAGACGUCUACCUUACUUCCUUCAACGAGGACACGACGGAACUCGACAAAGUGAUCCACCGCUUCGACAAGUAUGACCUCGAAGCCCCCACCAUCGUCCAGACCGACAAGAGCUACUACGCCCUCAUGAGCCACAAGACGGGCUAUCGACCAAACAACGUGGUGGCCUUCCGAGCCGACUCCCUCGCCGGGCCGUGGUCGCAGCCCUUCAUGGUGGCCCCUCUCAACACGCGGACAUUCAAUUCCCAAUCGGGCUUCACCCUGACCAUCAAAGGCAAAAAGAAGACAACGUACCUGUAUCUCGGAGAUCAGUGGGAUUCCAACUCGCUCUGGGAGAGCCGUUACAUCUGGCUGCCGAUGGAGAUUGACGACCACAAAAAGACGCUCAAGCUGGUGUGGAACGACGUGUACGAUCUGGACGUGAGGACCGGCCAAUGGUCGCCCGUCAAGGGCACGACGUACUUCGCCGCAGAUGCCAGGACGUCGGGCGGCGCGUUCAAGCAAGAGGCAAACUUUGCGAGCAAGGGUGUCAUUGCCACGGGCAUUUACGGCAACGACAGCACAGUCACCUUCGAGGGCAUAGAGGGCACCGGGAAGCCACAGUGGGUAUCAUUCUACUACCAGAACACGGACGACAUGGGCUUUGGCGAUCAGCCGGGCGGCACGCCUGACCGGAUUGGCGGUUCGUGGCAGCUGCGGCGGAUUGCGAGCGUCGUGGUCAACGGCAAGACGGACAAGGUCGAGACGCUGUUCCAGCGGGACACGCACAAGGGUAUUAUACUCUCAACGCCGCUGCUUUUGACGCUGGAGAAGGGCAAGAAGAAUACGAUCACCGUCGGUGGGCUGUGGAACGGAUUUGACUAUAAAGGGGCUGAUCUGGACAAGAUCGUCGUGUAUCCGCCUGAGGAGGACAAAGGAAAGCGUUAAGGAGAAAGUGAAAAGGCUUAUAGGUGUAGCAUGAAUACCAGACAUCCAUACAUAACCGAAAGUUUCUGAGAGAUUGACCAGACUUAACCAGAGCUCAGGGUCCUUUCCGCAGCAUGAUAAAUAAGUAUUGCUAUGCAGGUGUGGUGCUUGGUUGGGG